CCAUUUACAUAAAGCAUUUACAUCGACAAAGAGAAAAAUAAGGUUCCCAUUUGCUUCAUCGUGCGCGUGCAACCCAACCUCCCCUACCAAACAUCUUUUUGUUUUUAUUGGUCAAUACCUGUGAGGGUGAGAGGUGUUACCCGGAUCCUUAUAUAAGGAAGUGUUAUUCUCAUUCGUAGUCUUCGCCAAGAACAGAAACCAGCAGCACUCUAAACUCUUUCAUUGACUACCAAAAUAGAUCUUCCUUCUUCUUGUUCUCCUUCUCCUCCAUUCUAAACUCCUUCAAUAAUGACUACCAAAACAGAUUUUUCUUCUUCUUCUUCUUCAUUUCCUAAAUUAACAUACGAUGUGUUCCUCAGCUUCAGAGGUAAAGAUACCCGCACAAAUUUCACAGACCAUCUCUAUACCGCUCUCAAGCAGAAAGGAAUAAACACAUUUAGAGAUGAUGAAGAACUUGAGAGAGGGGAAUCAAUUGGUCCAAAUCUCUUGAAAGCAAUUAAAGAAUCAAGUUAUGUUAUUGUGGUUUUUUCCCAAAAUUACGCCGAUUCUUCGUGGUGUUUGGAUGAGCUUGCAAAAGUCGCUGAAUGUGAGAGAGCCACAGGACAAACAGUCCUCCCUGUGUUCUACCAUGUUGAUCCAUCUGAGGUACGAAGACAAACAGGGGAGCACUUUGAGAAAGCAUUUGAGAAGCAUCAAAAGCGGUAUGAAGCGGAACCAGACAAAGUAAUGAGGUGGAAAAACGCUCUUGCUAAAGUAGGCAAUCUCUCUGGAUGGCAUCUGCAAAAUGGGUCUGAAGCCAAAAUUAUUCAAGAAAUUGUACAAAAGGUUUUCACUGAGUUGAAUAAAAUAAUCUUCACAUCUGAGGGCUUAGUUGGGAUGGAUUCUCACCUGAAUGAACUGUUUUCCUACUUAGACAUUGGGUGUCUCGACGAUGUUCGUAUCAUAGGGAUUUGUGGGAUGGGUGGUAUCGGGAAAACUACUAUUGCACAAGUGGUUUUUGAAAGGAUAAGAGCUCAGUUUGAAGGUGAUUGCUUUCUUGAGAAUGUUAAACAGGAAACUGAAAUGAAGCAAGGUAGUACAAUUCAUUUACAAGAGAAACUUCUCUUGAACUUGCUGAAUAGUAAUGCCAAUGUACAGUACUCUAAAAUGGGAAAAGACAUAAUUAGGCAUAGACUAUCUAGUAAGAGGGUGCUUAUUGUUCUUGAUGAUGUGGAUCAAGUUAAACAAUUGGAACUACUAUGUCAUCGUACUUGGUUUGGUCCAGGGAGUAGAGUCAUCAUAACAUCCAGAAAUGAACACCUGAUCAGUGCAUUUGGAGCAGACAAAGUAUACAAGGUGAAUGCAUUAACUGAUCCUGAAGCUUUGGAGCUCUUUAGUUUGAAAGCCUUCAAGGAUAACGAGGGUGGAGAAGAUUUUCUCAAGCUAUCCAAGGAAUUUUUGAAAUAUGCUGAUGGCCUUCCAUUAGCUAUUGAAGUUUUGGGAUCGUCUGUUCGUGGUAGAAGUGAAGAGUUAUGGUCAAGUGCAUUGGAGAGACUUAAAAAAAAUCCUCCGAACGGGAUUAUUGAUGUUCUUAAAUUUAGUUUUGAUGGAUUAGAAGAGUCAGAAAAGAACACGUUUUUGGAUAUCGCGUGUUUCUUUAAAGGAGAUAACAAGGAUCGUGUAAUAAGAAUACUAGGUAAGGGUGUGGAGUUUAAUGUAAAAGUUCUUAUGGACAAAUCUUUGGUAACUCUAUUUGGAACAAAAUUGUGGAUGCAUGAUUUGAUACAAGAAAUGGGUUGGGAAGUUGUUCGUCGAGAAUGUCCUAAUAAUCCUGGAGAACGUAGCAGGUUGUGGAUUCCCAAUGAAAUCAUCCAUGUACUUGAUCGUAGUAAGGCGACGAGUGCAGUUCAAAGCAUAUACCUCCAAUGUCCAACAAAAGAUGAUGUUGUUCACUCAAUUGAUAAUGCCUUCUCGAAGAUGGACAGAAUGAGAUUGCUCAAGAUUUGGAAUGUGAAGUUUUCCGGAAAUAUCACAUAUCUUUCUAAUGAAUUGCAAUAUCUGGAAUGGCAUUAUUGUCCUUUGAAUUCUUUCCCGUCAGACUUUCAACCGGAUGAACUUGUUGAAGUUCGCAUGUUAUUUAGCCACAUCAAACAACUAUGGAGGGGAAAAAAGGGGUGGAGCAUGCUACGGCUUAUAAAUCUGAGUGGUUCACCCUACUUGAGGUCGACUCCAGACUUCACGGAGGUUCCUAAUCUUGAGAACUUACUGCUUCAAAAUUGCACAGGCUUGGUGGAGAUUCACCCGUCUCUUGGAUUUCUGAACAAACUUGUUAAUUUGAAUAUGAAAUAUUGCAAGUCCAUUGAGAGCCUUCCACCUUUCGUUGCCUUGGAAUGCCUUCAAAUAUUGAGGCUUUCACUCUGCUCAGGAUUGAAGAAGUUUCCAGAAAUUGAAGGAGAUAUGAAAAGCUUGCUGGAGCUUCAUUUGGAUGGGACCAGCAUUGAGGAAUUGCCUCCAUCAAUUAAACGCUUGACUGGUCUUACCAUGUUGAAUCUAGCAUACUGUACUAACCUUUUGCAUCUUCCCUAUACCAUUGGGUGCUUGACAUCUUUGAAAAGUCUCAAUCUAACAGGUUGCUCCAAAAUUCAUGAGAUACCUGAGAAUCUGAAUGGUAUGACAUGUCUGGAGAGGCUUUGCAUUGGUGGAACUUCCAUAAGGGAGUUAUCUUUCAUUGUGAGCAUGGAAAAUCUACAGUAUCUAUCCUGCCGAGGAUGUAUAUUUCCAGUUUCAGAAUCAUUUAAAGUUCUGGCUUCGUUAUCGAAUUUGAGAGAGCUAGACUUGAGUUAUUGCAAUCUGAUGGAUGGAGCAAUUCUCAAUGAUUUUAGCAGCCUAAUCUCCUUAAGACGGUUAUGUUUAGCUGGUAAUCGCUUUGUACUGUUACCUGAAAGUAUCUAUCAACUCUCAGAGCUCGAGAUUCUGGACUUGAGUAACUGCAGACAGCUUCAAUUACUGCCCAAGAAGCUUCCGUAUAGUCUUCGAAAUGUGUAUGCACAUGGUUGUACUUCACUGAAGGAUUACCCAAAUCAAAUCAAAGUAUUGGAAUCACGGGAGUCGGGAGUGACUAUUGUCAGUUCCAGCAAUUGUUCAGAACUAUCGAUUGGUGUUGCAAGAACUGAGACGGAAUUGAUGACCCUGUCUCUGAUACAUGAGCAUACAGAGGGGAAACAAGUUGAUCAAGUGCCAGUGACAAAUCCAACGUUUCUAGACCAACUGCCUCUCUGCUCAGAUAUCAGGUACAUACAUCCUGCAGAUGAAAUUCCAGAGUGGUUCGGCACUAUAUCCACCAGAAAUCCCAUAUCAAUCUCGAUACCUCAAAAUCUGGCCGAUGAUAACACGUGGAAGGGAUUUAGCGCGUGUGCAAUAUUCUCAGUCAAGGGGCAUACUGCUCUAUCCGUUAUUCAUGAACCGGAUCCUGAUUUUCUUAAUUACUCGUAUCAAAUCACAUUGGAAACUGAUGUUAUGCGUCUGGAACCAAAAGUGGUGGAACCCGAAUCAGGCUGUCUUGGAUCAAGUUCUCAUCUGCUUGUGAUCUUCUAUAUAGAUCGUUUGGGGGUCCCACAGAGAGGGUUAAAUCGAUCAACUGUAGUGAGGGCUACAUUUGAAACCACCAAUCCAUCCAUGGUGGUCCAGAAAUGUGGAAUUCGUCUAGUCUAUGAGCAAGAUGCUGGAUGGAUUUUCAGAAUAUCCUGGCCCAACGCCGCUUUACCGAUUAUGCGUCUGAAUGAAGAUGAGGAACCCGCCUCUGUAUCGGAGUCUGGCUGGAUUAGGCAAUCUUUGAAACGUGAGAAAUUCAUUCCACCCUUGGAAGAAGAAUCCACGCUUGUGUUGAGAAAGAACUUUGAAUCUGUUCUUCCAAGAUAUCUUGAGGCACUAAAACGUUACUCUAAAGUGUUCAAAUUUAACCUCAGAGGAAGACUAAAUUGGUUUGAUGAGGAAUUUGUCUCUGAUACGAUGUCAGCUGAGGCCAUAAUGUCAAUUGAGCUGCCUCAAAAUCUACACGAGAGCAGGAAGUGGAUGGGAUUUGCAAUAUACGCAUCACUUGUAGAGGAAGUGGGGAAGACAAUGAACGAGGCCUACUAUCAGUUAUCUGUUGCACUAAAAGCUGGGAAUAAAUCAUUAAGAGUUUAUGAAGAACUUGCGCAGUUCAGGCCAUUAUCAGAACAACAUCAUAAAUUAUUGGUUAUUUACAUACCGCGGGCACAGAUUCCCGAAGUGUUGUUCACUCAGACAUUAACAACGGCAAUGGACUUUAUCAUCUCGUUCAAUGAUAGCCCUCAUGUAAAGAUUCAAACAUGUGGGUUCCGUAUUCUGUACCAGGAAGAUAUACAAGGAUUUGCUGAUACUAUCAUCCGGUGCGUGCAGAGGGAAAAUUCUCUUGAAUCUCAUGAUCAGUUGUGGGUGGUAGAAGCAUGGAACCAGUUGAUACGAUUGCAAGGCCCUCAUAUAGAGGGAAUGAAAGAACGGGAUUCCAGAACCCCACGGGAAAAAUACUUUGAAUUGUACUCACGAAAAUAUAGAAAUUGGGACUGGUCUUGCCCUCGGUCUGUUUUAUGUUACUUCGAGGGAGCUGAAAUUUCCAAGUGGAAAUGGUUCAUGCCUUUCAUCAACCAAGGCAACUCUGCAGAAAUCCAACUGCCUUUAAAUGUGUUCGAUGAUGAUAAUUGGUUGGGGUUUGCGGUAUGUUGUUGGUUGUCCCAUGACAAAGAUCCAAACAUUAGUCAUGGCAGUACCACUAUCGAUUCAGAGAAUCUUAAGCUUAAUUAUCGUCUGGAAUCUGAUGUUGAUUGGCAAGGCUUAUUUGAUGGAAUGAUCCGCACUCGUAUUAAGAUGCAGGAGUCAUCGAAAUACCGUGCGACUCAGUUCCUUUAUGUAUCACGCACUAAAGUUAAUAGUAAGAUUUGGAGGCAAUGCAAAUUGGCCAGGAUAACUACGUGGUUCUCAAACCCAUGCUUAGCGGUGCAUAGUUGUGCCCUUCGUCUACUAUUUAAGGAGGACAUUGAACAUCUUGUAGAAGCACUGACCCUCGCCGAAUUACCUUGAGCAUCCCCCAGCAUCUGCUGCUCAAUAAUGGAGAAGACUGAAUGUGGAUAUGAAGAGAGGUUGGAGAAGAAGGUGAUCGAAAUCACAAAUUUGUGGAGUAGAUCUGGAUUGCACGAGUAGUGGUGUAAGAACAGGGACAUUAGAUGAAUGUGACUGAACAACAGAGGUAUAAAGAAUUUCUUCGUUGAAAUCAAUGAUGAUUUGGUGGUAUCAUCUACACUCGAGAAGCAAUUCAUUUGUUCCACGUUUACGUAAAAAGAAAUCAUUUGCUUUUGAAUACUUCUGUCUUUAUUUUGUUUAGUAAUAUCAGAAACGCGCAGAAAACUAUCCAACUUUCAUGUCCUCUCUUGGCAUAUCCAAACUCUCAGUUUGUAAUGCUUCUGAAUGAACCAUUUUUGGAGCUUCAUUUUCGUGUCUCGACUAAAUGAGGUUGUUAUUUAUUUUAUUUUUUUCCUUGUUUUUUUCUUUUUGAAAGAUUGUGCUAAUAGUGAUUAUUCUUCGGGCAAGAAAAUGAGACUUUCAAAGUUUAAAGUACAUUUCAUGUCAUCCCAAGUUCA